AUGAGCCCUCACAUGGAAUGGAUGGAGUUGGGGCUCUUCAGGAUUAGGUGCGCCAACAAAGGCCACUUUGGAAUCUCGCCAGGCCAUCCGAUCGAAUGGAGCUGGUCUGCCAAGAUGCCUCCAGUCAAGGACAGAGAGGCUUGGGCGCGUGGCCUCCGCCAAGAGCUGGCAGAUGCCCGUGGACUUCCUGCCAGCGGAGCAGCUUCGCGUAACAAGGUCAGAAAAGAUCCACCGCCCCAAACCGAGCAGCAGGUUAACCUUGAAGAGAAGGCGAUAAAGGAUGAGACAGACAAGCAGGCAAAGAAGGACAAAAAGGCAAAGAAGGACAAAAAAGCAAAAAAGGAGGACCAGGGGAAGAAGACCAAAAAGGACACCAAGCGCAAGAAAGACAAGAAGAGAAAGUCCAGCUCAAGUUCAAGCUCCAGCAACGAGAAGCCCACCAAGGGGAAGAAGACGAAGAAGGUCAGUUCCAGCUCAAGUGAUUCGAAGCCUGCCAAAAGGAAGAAGAAGAAGCGCAGGUCCAGUUCAAGCGAUGAGAAAUCUGCAAAAGGCAAGAAGAGAAAGGAAGCGGCGCACCAAGAGGCGCCAAGAGCAUCGGCUGAUGCGGUGCAUGCGGAGAACGGAAGCUCUGUGGCGAGCUCCAGACAAACUCAUCAAACUCCGGCGGCUUUCAGAGUGAGCGGCUUCAAGACCCCGGGCAUCAACGGCCUCUACAGGUCAUCAGGCGACGCGCUGCUUCUGAAUGGCGGGCACAUCUUCACCAUGCGUCCUAGAGUCCGAUCGCUCCCAUAG